UGAACCCGUCCCCGCCAACCUGCGACUGCGACUACACUUUGACUUGCAUCUGGCCUUGGAGCUGCGCACAACUACUCGACUAUUCGUCACCUUGACUGCUCUUCAAUGGAUGCCCUUCCCAAUGCACAUAAAUCAUUAAACCACCCUCAAACUCGACGCCUUUGAUCAUAGAUCGAUUCUUUCUGCCCUUCUCCGCCGCGCUCUUCUUGGGGGCUCUGCAUCCUUCUACCGAACCCUCCCCCAGCUCCUCUCAAUCACGCCCUCCACCAGCCGACCGUGCUGCCGUUCUUCCUCUGUGCCAGGGCUGUGCUCCCAAGAAUGAGCAAUUGAUAGAAGAGAAGGACGUUGCCGGCAUCACUGCAUCGUGUUGAAUUGAUCUGGUCUUCCCCGACACCCCUACCCGUCGCCUCCUACUGAGCAGCCGAUCCGGUGGUUCUGACUCGGAUGAAACGCACAUAACAGCCUCGUGGCUUCCUGGAAUCGACAAGGCGUCGCAUCAACUACGACAAACGUCUUCACUGUUACUGGUGCGUGAAAGCAUCCGAUAUUGAAGAGAGUCUGGCAAGAUGAAAGGUUUCAGACAGAGAGUGCAUGAGCAGUUGUCGAGGGCAAAAGACGGCAACAAGUCUUCCAAGAAGAAGGAUGCGAAUAACUCGGGCACCGCGUCUCCGCUGUCAUCAUCCACUACGCUCCCCGGUAGUGAUUCGAGAUCUCCCAAUAGCUCCAACACCGCAACCCCGACGUCCUCGUCAACAAAUCUGAACGAUCUGCGAAACAAGAGCGGGAACCAUGAGGGCACCAACACCAAUCACGGAUCCACUCAACAUCAUACUGGCUCUGCCGCAGGGUCGGGCUCGCUGGCUUCCCAUUACAUGGCGCAAGGUUCCGGCCAUGGGCCAGGCGGACCUGGAACAGCCGCGGGUCGUCAUCACAUUGCUCCAAGUGUUAUCAUAAGCCCAAGUGCUCCUCACAUUCCCGGACCCGGCGCGACUGAAACGAUGCCUGGCGACCUAGCGCCUCCCAAGGCCGGUCAGAAAUCCCUCCUCUUCGACAGACUGCAGUCUACCCCAAAAGAUGUGCCCGAGGGCGUCCGAACUCCCAAGAGACAACAUUCGUCGAGGUUUGACGUAUCGGAUCAAAGAGCUCGUGAUCUGGAGAAAUUGCCCGGUUUCCAUGAAGUCCCUCCCAAUCGAAGACAGGAGUUAUUCAUGCAGAAGAUCGAUCAAUGUAACAUCAUCUUCGAUUUCAAUGACCAGACCGCCGACAUGAAAUCAAAAGAAAUCAAGAGACUCGCCCUCCACGAACUCCUGGAUUAUGUUGCCAACAACAGAUCGGUGAUAACCGAGCCGAUGUAUCCGAAAGUCGUCGAAAUGUUUAGCAAGAACCUCUUCCGCCCAGUUCCUCCUCCUGUCAAUCCCCAGGGUGAAGCAUUUGAUCCUGAGGAAGAUGAACCGGUCCUUGAGGUGGCUUGGCCUCACAUCCAAGUUGUAUACGAGUUCUUCUUGCGAUUCAUCGAAAGUCAAGACUUCAACACAAACAUUGCCAAGGCCUACAUUGACCAUCAUUUUGUCCUACAGUUACUGGAGCUGUUUGACUCGGAAGAUCCUAGGGAAAGAGAUUUUUUGAAGACCACACUUCACCGCAUCUACGGCAAAUUCUUGAAUCUUCGGUCCUACAUUCGGAGAUCGAUCAACAAUGUCUUUUUCCAGUUUACGUAUGAGACGGAGAGGUUCAACGGCAUAGCCGAACUUCUCGAGAUUCUUGGCUCCAUCAUCAACGGCUUCGCUCUUCCGCUGAAAGAAGAGCACAAGCUCUUUUUGACGAGAGUUCUUAUUCCCCUACACAAAGUCAAGAGUCUGAGCAUGUAUCAUCCCCAAUUGGCCUAUUGUAUUGUGCAAUUCCUGGAGAAAGACGCGGCGUUGACAGAAGAAGUUGUGCUUGGUCUAUUGCGCUAUUGGCCGAAAGUCAACAGUACCAAAGAAGUCAUGUUCUUGAAUGAGGUCGAGGAUAUUUUCGAGGUCAUGGAUCCGCAAGAAUUUGCCAAAGUCCAGGAGCCUCUCUUCAACCAAUUGGCCAAAUCGGUAGCGAGUCCUCAUUUCCAAGUGGCCGAGCGUGCGCUGUAUUUCUGGAACAACGAAUACUUCUGCAAUCUCGUCAGUGACAACGUCGAAACCAUCCUCCCGAUCAUGUUUGCUCCGUUGUAUGAAAAUUCGAAGGGCCAUUGGAACCGCACAAUACAUGGCAUGGUUUACAAUGCAAUGAAACUUUUCAUGGAGAUCAACCCUCAGCUUUUCGACGAAUGUUCGCACGACUACAAUGAAAUGCAAAACUCUGCCGCCCAACGGGAAAAGGCACGCGAGGCGAAAUGGGCCAAGCUCACCGAGCAGGCCAACCGCAUGAAGGCUGGACUGGCAAAGCCACCGACAACUCCUAGUAUCAAGGAAGUGCCAGAGACGGAUGCUGCACAGGACAACCAAGCGAGGCUAGAUGCUCUCAAGUUGCAUGAUGAAUCGUCAUCGACCAAACCAUCAUCGUGACGUUGAUGGCUAUUUCUGACAUGGCUUUGGAAUCUCCAGAGGCGACGCGCAGACUCACAUGGUCAGACGAGAUCUCGCCGGUCUAAUAGCAGCUUGGAUGGCAAAUCGAGAAGACAUCGCACCCAUUCUGGAGGAUCCAUCGAAUUUCACCGGACCGUACAAAUGCCUCAUAUUCAACGCCCCGGAAGCGGUGUGUCGCAGCGUUGACACGAGCCAGUUGGGCUGUCGGUGGGGACAGUGAGCUAUGACUGAGUGAACCAAAGUUCAUCGUGAAUCGUCAGCAAGCGGUCGGCUUUGAUUGAAGUUUUGGUUUACUUCGAACUGAGGCCCAGCUUGCGCAGGGUUCAGACACCCGGUGCACACCAUGAAUCUUGCGUUGGGUUUUGGCGAUGUCCUGUGGAUGAUAGAGUACUUCGAGGCCUAAUCGACAUGUUCAGCCUCUGAAUGAAGAUACGAGCAACGUGGCGGAUCAACCGCCUAUGGUGGAAAGAGGGAGUGACAGAAAGACAAUGUCCGAGUCGUAAAGAAAUGUCUUGACCUUCACUUCCCCGCUGGCAGUUUCGCUGAUCGUCCUAUCAUGCUUUGUGCCC